GCGGCGGGCGGCAGGACGCGGGGUGGCGGGGCGCACCAUGCCCACGUUCGACCAGGCACUGAGGAAGGCGGGCGAGUUCGGGCGCUUCCAGCGGCGCGUGUUCCUGCUGCUGUGCCUGACCGGUGUCACCUUCGCUUUCCUCUUCGUCGGCGUGGUCUUCCUGGGCAGCCAGCCCGACUACUAUUGGUGUCGUGGGCCGCGUGCCACCGAGCUAGCCGAGCGCUGCUCUUGGAGCCCCGAGGAGGAGUGGAACCUCACCGCACCGGAGCUCCGCGCUCCGGUCGAACGCCGAGGCCAAGGCCACUGCCACCGCUACCUGCUGGAAGCCACCAAUGCCAGUCCGGAGCUCAGCUGCGACCCACUCUCUGCCUUCCCCAACCGCUCCGCGCCCCUGGUGCCCUGCAGCGGGGACUGGCACUAUGUGGAGAUCCACUCCACCAUCGUCAGCCAGUUUGACCUUGUCUGUGCCAAUGCCUGGAUGCUGGACCUCACCCAAGCCAUCCUGAACCUUGGCUUCCUGGCUGGGGCGUUCACCUUGGGCUAUGCAGCGGAUAGGUAUGGCAGGAUACUCAUUUACUUAAUAUCCUGUUUCGGUGUUGGCGUCACAGGGGUCGUGGUGGCAUUUGCACCAAAUUUUUCUGUGUUUGUCAUCUUCCGCUUCCUGCAAGGCGUGUUUGGAAAGGGGGCGUGGAUGACCUGCUUCGUGAUUGUGACAGAGAUAGUAGGUUCAAAACAGAGGAGGAUUGUGGGAAUCGUGAUCCAGAUGUUCUUCACACUUGGAAUAAUCCUCCUCCCUGGAAUUGCCUACUUUACCCCCAGCUGGCAGGGCAUCCAGCUCGCCAUCUCACUGCCCAGCUUCCUCUUCCUCCUUUAUUACUGGGUAGUUCCUGAAUCUCCCCGCUGGCUGAUCACCCGGAAGCAAGGGGAAAAAGCUUUGAAGAUCCUGAGACAUGUGGCUAAGUGCAACGGGAAAUACCUCUCACCAAAUUACUCGGAGAUCACUGUUACAGAUGAAGAAGUUAGUAACCCAUCCUUUCUAGACCUUGUGAGGACUCCCCAAAUGAGGAAGUGCACACUCAUUCUGAUGUUUGCUUGGUUCACAAGCGCCGUGGUGUAUCAAGGACUUGUCAUGCGCCUGGGAAUCGUCGGAGGCAACCUCUACAUUGACUUCUUCAUCUCGGGGCUUGUGGAGCUGCCUGCAGCCCUCUUGAUCCUUCUGACCAUCGAGCGUCUUGGACGACGCCUUCCUUUUGCAGCAAGCAAUAUAGUGGCUGGGGUGGCCUGCCUGGCCACUGCAUUCUUACCAGAAGGGAUACCAUGGCUAAGGACCACAGUUGCUACCCUGGGAAGACUCGGGAUAACCAUGGCCUUUGAAAUCGUUUAUUUGGUAAAUUCAGAGUUGUACCCGACAACAUUACGGAACUUUGGGGUUUCACUCUGCUCAGGCUUGUGUGACUUUGGGGGGAUCAUAGCUCCGUUUCUACUCUUCCGACUAGCAGCUGUGUGGCUAGAACUACCUCUGAUCAUCUUUGGCAUCCUGGCGUCUAUCUGUGGAGGCCUUGUGAUGCUUUUGCCUGAAACCAAGGGCAUCGCCUUGCCGGAGACAGUGGACGACGUGGAAAAGCUUGGCAGCUCACAGUUGCAUCAGUGUGGCAGGAAGAAGAAAACCCAGGUCUCUAGUUCUAAUGUCUGAGGCCCUACAUCGCCUGGAGGGCUGGAGCUGUGUGGGUACCACCCACAGCCAGGAGAAGCCGCCGAGCCUGCUGGGAAUAUGCCUGUGUGGUGUGCUUCAACUCCUCCUGGUGACACCUUUCCAAGGAACCUUAAAGUCAGAGCAUUUUGUAUGAUAUAGGACGGAGAAGGUUUGUCAUGCUACCCAAGCUUCUGGGAACACAUAAUCUUUGACCUGUCUUGCAAAGCGCCUAUAGGUACACAGAUUCUGUGUAGGCUUUCUUUUGUCGGGAGCACUGCUCUGACCCAUUGGGUUAAGGGGAGAUGGUUCUCAGGAUAGCCCCAUCCAGGAGGCAGGAUGAACAAACAAGGAUCGGCACGUGCACAGAAAUGUGCUUAGCGAUCCCAUCAAGACAGCAGUGAGCUGUGUUUCGAAGAGUCUGAGGACUGCUAUUUCUGCUUCCCCUGUGCUCCAAACACACGCCUUCACCGAGCCAACACAUCAGGUGUUGUGUCCCCGUGUCCCGUGUGGCCCCCCACCCCUUCUCUCUUCUACAGCCUCUGAGGUUCCAGGCCCCAGACUAAGCACAGUUCCCUAAGGACAAAUCACACAUCUACAACACAUUGUGAGAACCUGGCUGUAUUCGUAUACAGUCAUACUGGGGUCCUGAGACCCCCGAUAUUUUGUGUCCUCCUUCAGUUGACCCUUGUGAUCACAGACUCUUUACAGAGAAAGAAAAAAAACAUGGACUAUGACUUCUUGGGUCUUAGAAUUUGAAAAGGAAAAGAGUAAUCAUGUCCCUUUGGUGAGUUCAGUUCGGUGGUGCCUGUGGUUGGGAGUCGAAAGCACACACAGCCUGCCUUUGGGCCAUCUCAGCACUUUUGACUUGUCUUGGGGUGGGGAUUUAUUUUUCAUUUAAAGGGAAAGUCAACUAUAUCAACACUUAAGAGAAUUAGUAGCCGCUUCCUAAGUGACUUCGUAAAUGAGGGAUUGGACUUUUUGUUUUAAAUCAAGACUUUUCUGGUGUGAGGACUCAAAUGCAAACACCGUGUUCCACGAUCUGUGCUGUUCUUGAUUUAUUUUCAGACUCAGUAUGUAUCUUAGGCUGAUUUUUAUUUUACUUCAAAUUUACUUCAAAAUUAGCACUAAAAGAAAGCCUUACCCAUGUGGAAGAAAAAACUAGGUGUGUGGAGAAUAUAUGUGUUUCUCACACUAUGAAGAUGUGUGUAAUGGCAGUAAAACAAACGUAAUCCUUAAAGCACAUGAGAACCGAGUGUGAGUGUUGGGUCUUGCACCAGCCUUUUGGGUGUUCAAUGCGAGCACAGGCAUUCGUGCUGUGCUUUUCCUGCGUUUCAUUGCUGUAGCACGGCUCACGUCCACUUUACUAUUGCCUUUGGGUUGCAUUUGGAGUUGAUCGAUGUGUUUCAUUACA